AAAAAUCCAAUUUUUGUGAUUUUUCAAAAGUCAUCGAUUUUGUAAUUCAUCUUUUUCGGAGACAAACCAACGAAACAAAAUACUUCUUUUUACCAAUCGAUAGCUUAUAGAGUUCACUACAAGACUUCUCCCCAAAGUUUUUAAAUUCCAUCCUUUCUUAAUUUUUUGCCAUCGAUCUACAAAUGAUCACUCCAGUGACCAAUGGGGGGUAAAGGGUUAAUCGAGAAGAUACGAAAAUAUUUGUUAAAGCUACUGUUGGUAGUUAUUCAUGUCCUUCACGUUCAAUUAUUCGUAAAAAAUUAAAACAAUUAUAUAAAAUUGAAAGACAAAAACUUAAAACAUCAUUGGAAAGUGUAAAAAGUUUCAGUAUAACAACCCAUGUAUGGACUAACAGAAAACAAGAAAGAUGUUUUACAUUAACCGGAUAUUAUUUCGAAGAUGAUAAUCUUGAUCGAAUUAAACAUACAAUAUUGUCAUUCAAAAGUUUUAAUAGAAGUCACACGGCUGAUCGGUAUGCAUCAAAAAUAAAGAAAGAAUUAGAAAAAUUAAAUUUAGAAUCUAAAACAUUUACAAUGACAACUGAUGGAACUGCAAACGUGACAAAUAUGUGUACUAUACUGGAGAUAACAAAUGGUAUUAAACCAAUUUAUUGUCAAGUAACUCUGGAUUUACAAUAUUCUACUGAAUAUUCUGAUGACAAUAUUGAUUUAGAACAAAUGACGGAAGGUGAUGAUCAAAAUAAAAGUGGUUAUGAAUCUAGUGAAGAAAUAAUGAAUUAA